AUGGGCAGAGCAGAAUCUCUAGAAGGGAAAAUGAGCACCCAGGAUCCUUCAGAUCUGUGGAGCAGGUCGGACGGAGAAGCUGAGCUGCUCCAGGACUUGGGGUGGUACCAUGGUAACCUCACCCGCCAUGCAGCCGAGGCUCUUCUCCUCUCCAAUGGAUGCGACGGGAGCUACCUUCUGCGAGACAGCAAUGAAAGGACCGGGCUGUACUCUCUCUCUGUGAGAGCCAAAGACUCUGUCAAACACUUUCACGUUGAAUAUACUGGAUAUUCAUUUAAAUUUGGCUUUAAUGAAUUCUCAUCUUUGAAGGAUUUUGUCAAGCAUUUUGCAAAUCAGCCUUUGAUUGGAAGUGAGACAGGCACUCUGAUUGUUCUGAAACAUCCCUAUCCAAGAAAAGUGGAAGAACCAUCCAUUUAUGAAUCUGUCCGGGUUCACACAGCAAUGCAGACAGGAAGAACAGAAAACGACCUUGUGCCCACUGCCCCUUCUCUGGGCACCAAAGAAGGUUACCUCACCAAACAGGGGGGGCUCGUCAAGACCUGGAAAAUGAGGUGGUUCACUUUGCACAGGAAUGAACUGAAAUACUUCAAAGACCAGAUGUCACCAGAACCAAUUCGGAGCCUAGAUUUAACAGAAUGUUCGGCUGUACAAUUUGAUUAUUCACAGGAAAGGGUGAACUGUUUUUGCUUAGUAUUUCCAUUCAGGACAUUUUAUCUCUGUGCAAAGACAGGAGUAGAAGCUGAUGAGUGGAUCAAGAUAUUACGCUGGAAAUUGUCUCAAAUAAGAAAACAGCUCAGUCAAGGGGAAGGCACAAUCCGAUCUCGGUCAUUCAUCUUUAAAUAGACAGACCUUCCUCGAUGAGGGAUGCCCUGACCCAGGAGCAGGGUGGAACGUUCCUGAUGUUGUGAUCCACAGCAGGUUUCAGAUGAAAGCUGACUAAGGAUUUUUCUGUAGAAACAAAUCAAAAGCAGAUGCGGAUUUGGACCUUUCAGAAGACACUUCAUUUGCUGACUCACAGAAAACUGCUGCCCUUCAAGAUCCUGCCAUGUCCCUGAGAAUACCGAAGGCUCCUCGUUCUGAUGGAGACGGAUGAACCACUGCGACCAGGCGUGCUCGAUCUUAGAACACGCAGUGGGAGAUGGUUUUUGUUUUCCCUCAUUGUUGUCCCCAAGCUGGUUGACAUUAGUUACCCAAAGUCCCACUCUGCACCAGGGUCAACUCAUCUGACUUCCAGGUUGUGCUAUUAUCCAGGAAGGAAACAGCUAAAUAUGUAGCCCGAGGUUUAAACUGCUUUUCAGAAAGUGUAUUGAGAUAGCAAAUGUCCAAGAUUGGGG